CUCUUUAUACCAAACAACCUCCACCAUGUUUAUGUGAGAUAGCCACGAGUCCUUCUUCUUAUUUUACACGCCGUGUCGGCAAAGCCUUCCUUCCUCCUCGUCACUUCUCUCUGACGCUUGUCGUCACACUUUUUUUUAAAAACCAAAGAUUAAUUAAACCGAACCGAAGAAACGGUGCGUUUUAGCCUCACCGGCACCGGAAAAAAAAACAAACAUGAGGAAGGAGGUGUUGCCGCCGGUUCUCUCAACCACCACCACAGUCUGCUUCGAGAAGAAGCCAUUAAUUGCUACAUUGUUAGCUCUCUCUCUCGUCAUGAUUAUCUGGAACCUUCCUCCUUACUACCACAACCUCAUCUCCACCGCUCGUCCCUGCUCCGCCGUCAUCACCACAACCACCACCACCAACGUACUCUCCUCAUCCAACUUCACUACCUCUCUCUCCACCACACCGGCGACCACGACUAAUUUCACCACCUCCCUCUCAACCACAACAACAACUACAGCUGCUUCUCAGAAGUACGAUUCAAAGCCCUCAGAUCCGAACAAACGAGUUUUCCAACCCUUCGGUAACGCGGCGGCGCUUUUCGUACUUAUGGGAGCUUACCGCGGCGGUCCGACGACGUUUUCCGUCAUCGGACUCGCAUCGAAGCCGAUCCACGUCUUCGGGAAACCAUGGUACAAGUGUGAGUGGGUAUCCAACAACGGAACCUCGAUUCGAGCUAAAGCACAGAAGAUUCUACCGGAUUGGGGAUACGGACGAGUCUACACCGUCGUCGUCGUCAAUUGCACUUUCAAUUCAAACCCUAACUCCGAUAACACCGGAGGUAAACUCAUUCUCAACGCUUACUACAACGAAUCCCCCAAACUCUUCGAACGAUUCACUACCUUAGAGGAAUCAGCCGGAAUCUACGACGAAUCUAAAUACUCGCCGCCGUAUCAGUACGAUUACCUCUACUGUGGCUCGUCGUUGUACGGUAACGUGAGCGCUUACCGUAUGAGAGAGUGGAUGGCUUACCACGCUUGGUUCUUUGGUGAUAGAUCGCAUUUUGUUUUCCACGAUGCUGGUGGAGUGUCUCCAGAAGUUAGGAAGGUUCUUGAGCCGUGGAUCCGAGCUGGGAGGGUUACGGUUCAGGACAUUAGGGAUCAGUCUCAGUAUGAUGGUUACUACUAUAAUCAGUUCCUUAUUGUUAAUGAUUGCUUGCAUCGGUAUCGAUACGCUGCGAAUUGGACCUUCUUCUUUGAUGUUGAUGAGUAUAUCUAUUUGCCGCAUGGGAAUACACUUGAAUCUGUGCUUGACGAGUUCUCGGUUAAUACUCAGUUUACGAUUGAGCAGAAUCCAAUGUCUAGUGUUCUUUGCUUAAACGACUCCUCUCAAGAUUACCCCAGGCAAUGGGGAUUUGAGAAGUUGCUGUUUAAGGAUUCAAGAAGGAAUAUUCGGCGUGACAGGAAAUAUGCGAUCCAAGCGAAGAACGCGUUUGCCACAGGAGUUCACAUGUCUGAAAACAUAGUAGGCAAAACGUUACACAAGACAGAGACAAAGAUCCGGUAUUACCAUUACCACAACACCAUAACUGUGCAUGAGGAGCUUUGCAGAGAAAUGUUACCCAAUUCAGCAAAGAAGAAAGUGACAUUGUAUAAUAAGCUUCCGUAUGUGUACGACGACAACAUGAAGAAGCUAGUGAAGACGAUUAAAGAGUUUGAGCAGAAAAAACUUGGGACGGAUGUGAAGAAUUUCUCAUGACCAUGACACCAACGACAUAACUUAAUCUCUCUAAUAAAAGCAUUUUGUCUAUAAAAGUAUAGUUUUGUUUCUCUGUUUACUUGUAUCCAUUUUUCCUUCUGUUUUGUCCUCUUUUUACUACUCCAUUUCAUUAAUGACUUUUUAAUCAAUAGAACUAUUUUUUGAA